AUGAUUUUGCUCCGUUUAGAAACUUUGAAAAAACAACUAUUUUUAAACUCCAGGCCGUCUCAGAGAUGGGGGAAUCAGGAGCCCAUAUGGCCAAUCAACAGAGCGGCCAUUUCAGCCACCCCUAGCCCUAGAGUUAACGAGCUUGCUUCUCCCAAGAAAAACUUCCAGUCUGACGCCCGUGUUAGCAGGUGAGUGAAUGCAACUGAUGCAAGAAGUAGUUUAAGUCAACGGGUGAGUGUAUGCAUGCAGUUGACUACAUCACAUUUCCUCAACACUGCAGUGCUGACGGUGGAUUUCGUUAUGAUUAAAAUGCUUCGAGCAAUUUCAUUUUGUUUGACAUAAUCUUCGUUGUAGUAGUACUUACGAGAAUUUAAUUUACAAACAAACAUUAGCGCUAAUUUGUACUUUUGCUUCCCUUAUACUACGACAUUGUCAGUCCUAUAUUGAAUACCGGAAUCUAUAAGAGUACUUUAGAAAGAUUGACUCUUUAAUGCAUCAUUAUGUCCUACGGUGCAUCAAUAUAAUCCCCUUUUAGACCACUCUGGCAGUACAGCUGUGGAAGGUCCUCUGUGUUGUGUAAUGUGGAUGAGAACGCGCUCAAAGCUACAGCAUCUGCCCGUGUGGAUGAACUGGCCCGCCACAAGACAUUCCCACAGCACACGUCAAACAGGUGAGGAUGGUGAUACAAAGAAAACUACACGGGCAUUAUGAAGCAAUACAAAAUUACAGGGGCAUUAUGAAACAAUACGAAAUUACAGGGGCAUUAUGGAACAAUACAAAAUUACGGGGGCAUUAUGAAACAAUAUGAACGGAUCUUACAGGGGCAUUAUGAAACAAUAAGAACGGAUCUUACAGGGGCAUUAUGAACCAAUAAGAACGGAUCUUACAGGGCAUUAUGAAACAAUACGAAAUUACAGGGGCAUUAUGAAACAAUAAGAACGGAAAUAACAGGGGCAUUAUUAUGAAACAAUACGAAAUUACAGGGGCAUUAAGAAACAAUAAGAACGGAUCUUACAGGGGCAUUAUGAAACAAUACGAAAUUACAGGGGCAUUAUGAAACAAUAAGAACGGAAAUAACAGGGGCAUUAUUAUGAAACAAUACAAAAUUACAGGGGCAUUAAGAAACAAUAAGAACGGAUCUUACAGGGGCAUUAUGAAACAAUAAGAACGGAUCUUACAGGGGCAUUAUGAACCAAUAAGAACGGAUCUUACAGGGGCAUUAUGAAACAAUACGAAAUUACAGGGGCAUUAUGAAACAAUAAGAACGGAAAUAACAGGGGCAUUAUUAUGAAACAAUACAAAAUUACAGGGGCAUUAUGAAACAAUACAAAAUUACAGGGGCAUUAAGAAACAAUAAGAACGGAAAUAACAGGGGCAUUAUUAUGAAACAGUACGAAAUUACAUGGGCAUUAUGAAAAAUAAGAAAGGAAAUUGCAGGGGCCUUAUGAAAUAAUACGAAAUUACAGGGGAAUUAUGAAACAAUGCGAAAUUAUAGGGGAAUUAUGAAACAAUGAGAAAUUACAGGGGAAUUAUGAAACAAUGCCAAAAUACAGUGGAAUUAUGAAACAAUGCCAAAUUACAGGGGAAUCAUGAAACAAAAAAUGAAAUAACAGGGGAAUCAUGAAACAAUAAGAAUGGAAAUUACAGGGGCAUUAUGAAACAAUACGAAAUUACAGGGGCAUUAUGAAACAAUAAGAAUGGAAAUUACAAGGGCAUUAUGAAACAAUAUGAAAUUACAGGAGCAUUAUGAAACACAAAAUCAAAUUACAAGGGCAUUAUGAAACAAUAUGAAAUUACAGGAGCAUUAUGAAACACAAAAUGAAAUUACAGGGGCAUUAUGAAACAAUAAGAAUGGAAAUUACAAGGGCAUUAUGAAACAAUAUGAAAUUACAGGAGCAUUAUGAAACACAAAAUGAAAUUACAGGGGCAUUAUGUAAAACAAUACCGGUACUGAUAAUUUUAACAAGUAUAAUGAGAGAAAAUGAACAACCAGGCAGAUUAUAACAAGUACCCUCCAUAAGCUCCUGAAUGCCAAUAGGCCAAGUAUGCCCAUCCGAGACAGCACGACAAAAGUGCAUGAAAAAUGGAACAUUCAUUUAUGAAUAAAAUACCUUUAUAGUAUAGAACAUUCGAUUUCGAUUAUUGAACACGAAUAGCUGCCCCACCGUCAUAAUAAAAUACAAAUUAAAGAUACAGGUACCAAACAUUUUUCAUAAAAUGCUCUUUUUUUGUUACUGGCUACAUAAAAAAGACUGGGUAUUAAAAUUUAUAAAGGCUCCAUUUCAGAAUUAUCGAUAUCAAGGAUAGCAUUCUCCCUAAGCAUAAGUAUGAGUUAUCUCGGUCGCAUCAAAUGGGUUUGAAUACCUCUGUUAAAAAUAGGGAGUUUGUUUAUAGUGCUUCUUAGUACCUUCAAAACAUCUUUGCCUUUAUACUAUCAGAGGUAAUGUUUAGGGGUAAUGGGUAUAGAACAUGUUCUUUUGAUUUGGCCUCUUCAACUAUAAAUAAUGUAGAUUUAUUUGUUGUUUUAUUUAAAAGAAGAUACACAAUACAAUCUUACCAAUCAGGUUUACAAAACCAAUUUAAUAGUCUAUGCGCGUGUGCGGAUAAGUGUCUUACAAGAUACCGAUUAAAACCCUCUAUUCCCCCUAACAAUAGACACGAAUACAUGUUCAGCUGCGGUCGAUCAAGCCCCAUCUGGGAGGUAUCCCCCAGCACCUUGAAGAGCGGGGCCAGUCCACGGGUUGAACUGCUGGCGGUGCACAAGAGCUACCCUCCGGAAUUCCAACCCGAGAAGACACUGCCGUGGGAAGUGUCAGAAGCCGCAAAGAGGAAUAAACCUACAGAGAGAAUCGAAACCUUAUCUUCGCCCAAACUUAAACCAGAGGGCCCAUUCAGAGACCCCAAGUGGCCAGUAAGUAUUUUAACUAAUAUUUAGUAACUGUUGUACCCCGUAUUUGCAUCCUUUCUCUGCUCCCUUCCUAACUUGAUAUGCAUGUAUUGGUCAUUAUCAUCGUCUGUACCGUUUUUAAACACACUCAAUUAUUUUGUUUUUUUUUGCUUUUAUUUCGAAGGGCCACUACAUCUUAUAGAAUGAAUCUAAAUUCUUUUUAUUUUUAUAUAUAAGUUAUGUACACUAGUACGGUAAUCAUAGAUACAAAGAUCAAAGGCAAAGGAUAUCGAUAUUACUCAAACUUGAUGUUCACACAAAUUAUUCACAUCAGGUAUCAGAAGUUGCCUUGAACUCUGUUGCAUCUCAGAGGUGCAUGGAACUAGCGAGAGCCAAAUCUUUGGCCGAUGGAUUCCAACCAGCUAAGGAAAUUCAGUGGCCGGUCAGCAGAGCGGCCCUGCAAGCCUCAGCCACAGAGAGACUGAAUGCUCUGGCCCACCCAAUGCAGAGGACAGACAUGAAAAUUUUACAGUACAACCCGGAAGCAUUUAAAGUGAAACCACAAGCCCUGAAAGGCCAGAUAUCAGCUAGAAUCAACGAAUUAGCCCAGCCAAUAAAUAGAUGAGAGCUUUAUGAUAGUUGACAGUGGAUAGUUGAAAUUUCGUUUUGGUUUACAUUUGCUUCUGUUAGUGCUAGCUAUAAAUGUUUUUCCCCACAACAAAAUGGCACAAUGAGUUUGUUUUUUUUUUUACAGAGGAAAUUGACACAGGUAUGAUCAAAUAUAGAAGCUUUGUUAUUUUUUCACUAAAUAAAUGAUUUUGAAUUACCAUAGUUGUGUAUGAGAAUGUCUCUUGUAUAAUUUAGUUUUGAUGGAUGUGAUUGUAAUGUGCUUGUAAGAUGUUUGUUUACAAGUUUACAACAUAUCAAUUAUGCAACCUAUGAGUAUGAUGGUCACGCUUUUAAAGAGCUACCCUCCGGAAUUACAGAGGAAAUUGACACAGGUAUGAUCAAAUAUAGAAGCUUUGUUAUUUUUUCACUAAAUAAAUGAUUUUGAAUUACCAUAGUUGUGUAUGAGAAUGUCUCUUGUAUAAUUUAGUUUUGAUGGAUGUGAUUGUAAUGUGCUUGUAAGAUGUUUGUUUACAAGUUUACAACAUAUCAAUUAUGCAACCUAUGAGUAUGAUGGUCACGCUUUUAAAAAUGAAGUCCUCAAUGAGAUAAUUUCAUGUCAUCAAAGUCUUUUAAACUUAAAGAUUAGUGAAUUUUUUUUUUAUAAAUCAUUUUAAAGCAAUCAUUACCAUAAAAGAUUACAUUUCCAGAUAAAGAUAAAUUUGGAGAGAAAAGGGUUAUCUGAAAUGUUAAUAACUAGAAGUUCUAAAAGUUUUGUGAUCUGUUAUACAUAUAGUACUAUAUGUGUGAUGUACCUUGUACAUGACACUGAUUUAUCCAAAUUUGUGUGGUCCGUUUGCCUUCACCAUUCAGUAUUAUACAAAAUAAAAUAAAAUAUACUGCUUACAGACAUCUUUGUUUUCUCAAUUGUAAUAUUAACUUAACCAGUGUUGUAGACCAGUUAGAGCUAGUACCUGGCACUUUAUUUAUUCAUAAAGGGGGAUAAGCCAUGGAUUUUACAAGCCUGUAAUUUUUGCU